UUUGAAGUCGGUUAAAAAAAACCGUAGCAAACUCACAAACUUUACUUCUUCAUAACUUUAGAAUAGGUAGAUAACAAACACCUAAAUCAAUUGCAUUUUUUACAUCAAUAAGUUUUAAAAUACAAUUUUCAAACACCCUGUAGAUAGCACUCAAUAAAAUCGGGAAUUGUAUUUUUAUGUAAAACCACAAGUUACCCAGACAGUGUUGUGUGUAAAUCCAUUAGUGGCGGUUGGUAAUAAUAUCAUUCUUUUCUCUAGUCGGUCUAACAAUAGACCAACACUAAAAAAAACAACUGUUUUGAAAGGAAGCAACAGUUCAAAAGUUAAUUAAUUAACUUAUCAAUCAUGGAUCCGGCGGUAGAAAUAGAGUUGCGAGUGCGUCGACUGCAGGAGCCGAUGAAUGCUGUGAUAGACCUGGGCACCUCUCCCGUCCAGAAGUAUUAUGAGGAUACCACCGUCUUCAUCACGGGGGGCUCCGGCUUCCUCGGGAAGGCUCUCGUGGAGAAACUCUUCAGAGCCUGUAAAAUUAAGAAAGUGUUCUUACUCCUCCGAUCUAAGAAGGGCAAGACGGCUCAAGAGAGGUUGACUGAAGUAUUACAAGAUCCUGCUUUUGACCUGGUGAGAGAGAAGCAGCCCAGGUUUGCGGAGCGCAUCGUGCCGGUGUCCGGGGACGCGACCGAGCCCAGACUGGGGCUGUCUGAUAAGGACUGGAACACACUCACUAAGGAGGUUGAGUUAAUAUUUCAUAUGGCAGCUACAGUACGAUUCGAUGAACCGCUCAAAGUGGCAGCCAAUAUCAACGUGGGGGGGACUCUUAAAGUUGUGGAGUUAGCCAAGAGCUGCACCAAACUCAAACAAUUUAUCCACGUGUCUACGGCAUACACUCAUGCUACCAGAGAGAGAGUCGGCAAAGAAGUGAAGGAGCAGUUCUAUCCGUGCCCCAUGAGUCCAAAAAUGUUCAUGGACCUGGUAGAGUCAUUGGAAGAGGAACGUCUCAAUGAUAUCACACCAGAGUUGAUCAAGGGCUGGCCGAACACGUACACAUUCACGAAGGCGCUAGCUGAGCACGUGGUCCGCGAUGCUGGCGCUGACAUGCCUGUUUGUGUCGUGAAGCCUCCCAUAGUUCUUCCUGCUAUGUACGAGCCACACCCUGGAUGGCUGGAAAAGUCAUGUUUAGGAGGACCCAGUGGAAUUGUUUUGGGCGUGGGUUUGGGUGUAAUACACGUGAUUUACGUCGAUCUAGAAAACAAAUUGGCAACUAUACCACUUGAAUAUGUCAACAACGCGAUUAUAGGAGCUGCUUGGGACUCGACAGAGCGACAGAAAGAAGGAAGUAAAGAAAUACCUAUAUAUAUGGUAUCAAACGAAGAAGCGCUUGUUAAUUGGGGAUAUUACAGUAAGCUUCUGAACACCGUCUGCCGACCGAUAGCUACGCCCAUAGCUUUGUGGUACUGUUACUUAAUAGAGACCAAAAAUGCCCUGGCCUACUGGUUGUUAAGCUGGUUCCUGCAUUACAUACCAGCCUAUGUUAUGGAUGGUAUCUGCGCUAUUAUUGGAAAGAGACCGGAAGGAAUUACUUCAUUCGUAAAAGUUUUCGAAAAGAUCGAUAAAAAAGUGAGUGCCUACACAUACUUUUUGACAAAUUCCUGGAAAUUCAGGGACCAUAACGUCAAAGCGAUGAUCUCCCGAAUGACAGAAAACGACAGAGCGAUAUUUAAUUGUAAUGUAAACAAUAUUGAUGUCGAUGAGCACACGUUGGCUUGGUGUGUGGGUAUACGAAAGUACAUCUUGAAAGAUGGGCUUAAAGACAGUGCCCAAGGCGAGAGAAAACAGAACAUGCUGUGGAUAGCCAAUAUGGUGUUUAUUGCUGUCUAUGGCUACGGUCUAUUGUACCUUGCGAGGACUAUAUUGUGUUUAAUUUGCUACUUCUUUAGAUUAUUUGUAUAAAUGUUAGAUUUUUUA